CAGUCUAUGGGCCACACGGACUUAGUCCUACAAUAGCUACAAUACAGGCCAAAAUAACAAAAGCCCUCUAAACUAAACGAUUGAGGACACGUCGUUUAGUCAUGGCUGCAACAAUGUUAUUCAGAUUUGGUGUCAUCCUCACUCCGGAGUCCUCGGAUGUAGACGUCUUUGUUUUGGGUUCGCGUGCGGAAAUGGGCCAGUGGGACCCGUGCGCCGCGGUUCAGAUGAAAGCCUCGCAGAAGCUCCAGUCACCGCAUGAACCGUGUCUGUGGAUCGGCGACGUGCAGCUGGCAGAGCCCUUCAAAGACACUCUGUGGUUCAAGUUCGUCAAAAAAGUCAGAGGCUCUUAUAUCUGGGAAGGUAGUGGCUCAAGCCACGACAGAUGCUGUUCAUAUGAUGAGAGGAACAUAGUGGAUGGAGUGUACUGCCACCCGAUUGGUCAUUGGAUAGAGGAAACAGGACACACGGAUGAGAUGAAACACACCACCAACUUUUACUUCAGUGUGGCAGGUCAGAAGGCCAUCCAUUUCUCCAGGGUGCUGCCACGUGUUUGGCUGGGCAGCUGCCCUCGACAGGUGGAACAUGUGACUAUAAAGAUGAAGCAUGAAUUGGGCAUUACUGCAGUGAUGAACUUCCAGACAGAGUGGGAUGUGGUGAACAACUCCAAUGGCUGCAGGCGCAACACUGGGGAAGCCAUGACACCAGAGACCAUGAUGCAUUUGUACAAAGACUGUGGCCUGGUGUAUGUGUGGAUACCCACACCUGACAUGAGCACUGAGGGUCGGAUCAGGAUGCUUCCCCAGGCUGUAUUCUUGCUUCAUGGUCUGUUGGAGAAUGGUCACAGUGUCUAUGUUCACUGUAAUGCUGGAGUAGGCAGGUCGACCGCAGCUGUGUGUGGCCUGCUCAUGUACGUCCUCGGCUGGAGCCUGAGGAAGGUGCAGUACUUUGUUGCAGCAAGGAGGCCGGCGGUGUACAUAGAUGAGGAGGCUUUAGUCCAGGCUCAGGAAGACUUCAUUCAGAAGUUUGGACAACUGCAAUCAUCCAUCUCUUACCCAGAGACAUGAGAGUUGAGUGUCCUUACACUGAAGUCUUUGCAAAGCUCCUCUGGACUUGACUUUCUGAAACAAAAAUGAUUCCUGACAUGAAAGGUGCCAGAAGGUGUGAAAUACCCUAUAGCAAGAAAAUUUAUUUCUUACUACUUAAAUCUAAUGUAUGUAAAUGACUCACUUCAGCUGAGUGGCUUUCGAAAUCUGGUUGAUCCUCAUGAGUUCUCCUGGCUGCCAGCAUAGAUGUUGCAAGCAAUUAAUCUUACUGUGAUGUGUUAGCUUUUAACUUCCGGACUUACUCUCUGCCAUUUAGCACAUCAAGCUGCAAAUUGUGCAUCUAAGACACUGUUAGUAUUUUUCAGUGAAUCCAGUAUGUCCACUGGGGUGUUUGGAAAGACCUUUUCUUUUUAGCCUUUUUCAUAAUAAUCCAUCAGUAGAAUUGACAUUUUGAGAAGGCAACAUUUAGCAAAAACAAAAGAAACAAAAACAAAUAUGCAUAUUUAAUAUAGUGAUAUUUGUUUGUAACCUCUCUAUACUGUGAGGGAAGCAAGGUUCCACUGUUAUGAUUGUACUUCAAUUUUAUUUCAGAAGUGAAACCUACCUAUUUUUUCAGAAGGAGGUCUUAAUGCUGUAUGAUAAUGGAAUUCCUUGCCAAAGCAACAAAUCAAUUCCUUAAACGAAAAUAAUGAGAAUGCCCCUCCCUCUCUGUCUGAGAGUUAUUCAGCUCCCAGACAUUGAAGAAUACAGCUCCGCCCCAUCUCUCUCAGAGAGCUUUAUAGCAUUUCAUCUUUAUUUAUUUAUCUGACAGAUGCUACUCCGACCCAUCUCCUAAAUAACAAAAACAUGCCUGACAGACCGUUUUAAUGCAUACAUAAUACAACAUUAUUGGAAUACUGUUUGUUGUCAAUUAUGAACUCCUGCCUAGACUCCUAUUCAGGAUAUAUUGCUUUUCUUAUGAUGCAGUGUUUUUGUUACCUCACCCCAGUUUAAGAAAGUCAGUGGAUUAGAAUGGAGGAAAGAUUUUUCGUAUUCCGUAUUACUUUUCAGUCGCUUCAGAAAACAGCAACUUAUGAGGGUGUCACUGGGGGUGGGUGGGUAGACUGAACCAUGCAUGUGUGCUAGCUGAAGCGAAUCAUCAUGGAUUUCCAACCUUAAAUUAAAAAAUAUAUAUAUGUGGGGGAAAACUUGUGAAAUGUAUUCACAAAAAACUGAAUAUGAAAUCAGGAAAAUGCUUUUCUUUUUUUGAAGAAGAGUGUGUACCAGUUUAAGGAAAAUUAUGUCUGUGUAUAUAGUACUGUAUGUGCGUGGGUGCUGUGGUGGUCACUUAAUGGAUGCCAGUGUAAUUGGUAAACAUGUUGCAUUUAUUAUACUGGGUUAAUUUCACUGAAUAAUGUUACAAAGGCAAAAUGUAAUGUGUCUAUUGUUUAGGCAUACAAUGUCCCUGCAAGCCAUCAGCUUGCAUUUAUUCCCUCUGUUCCUUCUUUUUUCACUCUGCGGAUCUAAAGCAUCAUAGACCCUUUCUUUCAGUUUGCUUCUGCAGUACACCUUGUCUUUUAUCCCUUAAUGGAUCCAUCAACUGAGACAGACCGGGGUUUUUUUUCUCUCCUGAAGGUGUAAAUCACACCAUCUGAGCAGAGGGGGUUUGGUGAUAAUGCGUUUGUAUUUGAAUAUAUCCAGUGUCCUGUCAUUCUAGCCCAACAGUGAAGAUUAUACUUUAACAAAGACAUACUUAGUACAGUCCUCAGUAUGCAUGUCCUGUAUAUAAAGUGCGUUGCUUAUAGCUGUUCUUGGGUUGUAUCUAUUUUUUCAUACCAUCCUGAAAUAAAAAAAAAAAGCCUGCUUAGUCUUGGCCAUAGAAUAAUGAAUAGAUUGAUUCUUGCUGGAUGACCUGAUGGCACCUCAGUGGGCUGAAUGGAGUUCAUGUGCAUCCAUGUUGCCUGGCGAACCUUUAUCACCGGGACUAAACUCAAUAUACCUCCAAAUGGUGGCUGAGACUUUUGUUUUGUUUUAUUCUGCUAGCCCGGUAUCGUUAUCCCCACCACUCGCAGAUGCCAUUGAGUAGCUCUUUUUUGUGAGCAGGUUUAAGGAACUUCCGCAGUGGCUUCACCUUUCAGACCCGGAGGUUCAUGUUUCUUUUAGAACGUAACCGCUCAGAAAAGAAGGUUUUAUUUCCUCUGAUCAGUGCUCCCUCUCUUGACCACCACUGCUCGCUCUCCCUCUCUCUCUUGCAAUUUUCCGGCAUACACUACAAACCAGACACAGACAUGAAGCUGGGUAGAAGAAAGAAACCAAGCGAGGACACCACUAACAUCAUUGUUAGGUCCAUGAACUCCGUCCGGAUGGUGCCUGUUUUCGGGGUGACUGUGGAGCAGUUAGACCAGUAUGAGCGCUGGCAUACGUGAUUGGCCACCGCAGCAAAUAUCCCCCCACAGUAAAUAUGGUUGAUUCAGAAUCAGCCCUUUGGACAGUGGCCGUGACAAACAGGUUCAGAAUGUUAACUGAGCUAUACAGGCAACUGUGAGGAUGCACUACGCUGUACGCUGAUCCACUGAUUGUCACAUUAACCUGCUGGAAAAUAAAAUCAAAAGGAAAAA